ACACCGGAGCGGCAAAUAUGUUUCCGCGUAUAUUGCUUGGAGGGAGAGCGGCGUGCUGAGCAUGGGAACCGGUAUAUAGGCGCGGGCUAGCUCAACCGCCAUCGCCUUUGAAGACGCCUCCUGAUUCGCUCUCGCACCGCGCACUGCGCCCUCUCGGAUAACACACGUCGGCCGCACUCCUCAGGCGGGAACAUGAAGACCGUGCUGUCCCUCAUCACUCUCUGCUUUGCGGCUGCUGUCCUGCUGGCUGGCUACGGUUACGGAUACGGCUUAGGGCCAUAUAAUGGCUAUGGAGGAUACGGCGGCUACGGAGGUUACGGCGCAGAUGGCCUCUACGGCGCAUACGGUUUGGCGGGGGGCUUUGGCGGCUACGGGCUUGGCGGCUACGGGCUUGGCGGCUUAGGAGCACUCGACUACUACUGACGGAUCUUCUGCGCUGCAUUAAACGGACUGGCAAUGUGCUGAAGCCACUUUUCGUGAAUUUUUUCUGUCUCUAUUCUUCUAUUUUUUCUUCCUUUUUUUGAUAAAGCGAAUACUAGGACAAGUG